AUGGCGGAGGCGGUCGCAGUGGUGCGCGCGAAGAGGGCUGCGGAGGCGGCGGGGGCCCACGGCGAGGCGGAGUCGCAGUUUCCGCGGUCGAUGAGUUUGCUGGAGGAGAAAUUCGACGCGUACGAGCAAGCCAACCUCAUGAUAUUCCGAUCCAAGUCCGACGGCGCGCCGAGCAGCAGCAGCACGCGCGACUCGGGUCCCCUCGACACCCCCGACGGCAGCUUCGGCCCGGCUAAUGCGGAGCUCGCGACACGUGGCGCCCGCACGUCGCUGAGACUGCCCGAUUCCGCCACCGGGGGGGAGGAUUUCGCGAACGACGAUGCGGAGGCGAGGGGGGCAUGGGGAGGGGGAACAGGCGGGGGAGGGGGUGGCGGAGGGGGGGGCGCUUCGCGCCGUGAGGGUUUGGGAAACGAGCGGGCAGGGAUCAGCAGCAGCAGCAGCAGCGGCAGCAGCAGCGGCAGUGGAAGCAACGCGGAAGACGACGAGAGGGGAUCACUUGGUGCCGUUUCCCUCUCGUGCCGGCCCCAAAGCACGCGGGAGAGACACGGCGAAGGGUGUGUCACUGCCGGAAAGGGCAGCAGCAGGGAGACACGGCGCGGCGGGGAAGGGGACAGCUGCGGAAACGAGCACGCGGAGAGCGGAGGGGAUGCUCUUGGGGAAGCGUGCGGGGGGGGAACGGGGGGAACGAGCAUGCGGAGAGGGGGAGCGGAGGAGGGGGUUGGUGCUCCGCUGAUGCGCAGUUUUUCAGAGGACCGUGGGCGGAACGGGGUAGCUUGUCCGCGCUCGGAGAGUGUUGUGCAGCAACUGCAUGACACAGAGAUGGAUGAGAUGGACGGCGAGGUGCUGCAAGAGGCCUUCACACGAGUGCUGGCGCUGCAGAAGCGAGUGCUGCACUACCGCGACCUGGGGGGCUUCGUGCUGCUCAUGGCUCUCUUCAUCACCAUCCUCUACCUGCAGGCCGACUCCUCCCGUAGCUAUGACAUCACUGCUGCACACUCCGUGCUCUAUCCUCCUGUGAGCCUGCUGCUCCCUUACCUCCCUCCCCCCCUAACCCCACUCUCUCCCUCCCCUCUGUACCCCACUCCCCCCUUCCCCAGUCUAUCUAUUCUCCUCUUCCCCUCCCGAACCCACUCUCCCCUUCCCCCGUACCUCACCCCCCCCCACCCUCCCCCCGUACCCUGCCUUCCUUCCUCCGCCACUCCCGUGAACACUCUAUCCCCCACUCCAUGUGCCGACGGCACCAACACCUUUGCUGGCGCGGAUGAUUUCUAUCAGUGGCUCAACAACAGCAUCAUUCAAACGCUCUGGGCGGACUUCACGUGUGGCGACGGCACGUGCAACCGCCCCUUCCAGUACCCCGCGUUCGGCCGCUUUGGCUGUCAGGCAGACUGCGGCACGUUCCCCAACCUCACCUCCGUCGUCGUGCGCCUCUCCUCACAGCUGCACACACAGGAGGCUGCAGAGCAGUCCUCUUGGAACCUCUGCAUGGUCAACCCCGUCUCGCUCUGCUGGUACGAGGCCCCACAGCCGUUCCCACAGGGCGAGGUGGACAGCUCAGUGCCAUUGGACAUUCCAGACGGUGACUGGGUGGUGGUGCUCAACGCGCCCUUGGGGGGCAUCCGAGGCACGCUGCAUGCCGCUCCCCCCGGCACGCGACGCCUGGCCGCCGUUGGGUCGUCCAGCACAGUGGAACUAGCUUCAUGGGGGUACUGUGCGCAUGGCAAGGAUGGUGCUGAGACCGAUGGCAGUGGCGCGGCGGUGGAUGAUGCUGGCUCUGCGGGUGCUGUUGCUGGGAGUGACAUCUGUCGCUAUACGUGUGUGAGGCUCGCCACAUGUCUGCCAGAAGCGUGUCACCGCACAUUCACAGAGAGGGAGGUGGCAGGCGCGUUCGUGGACUGUGCGCGCAUGUGCAUCAUCGCGCCCGCUGCCAUCUCUCCCUAUGCCGCCUCCUCUUGCCCCUUUCCUGACAUGCCCACCAUAUUCCCCAACACCCCCUGCAACGCCUCAGCGUGCCAGUGGGGUCAAUCACGUGGCAGUGGGUGUCCCAGAUACGUGACUUGCGUGCUUGCACUGUGCGGCAUUCCUUGUGUUGUGAUACCAACCCACCUUGCACCCUUCUGUAACCUCUCGCUCUCCUCUCUCGCUCUCCUCUCUCACUCUCCUGCACUCUCGCUCACGUUGCGCUCUCCUCUCGCUCUCCUCCCUCGCUCUCCUCUCUCGCUCUCCUGCACUCUCGCUCUCCUGCACUCUCGCUUUCCUCUCUCGCUCUCCUGA